AUGAGCAUGUUCUGCUUCGUCCGCCUGGCACUGAGGCACGGAGCACAGGCUCAAAGCUCACCUGCUCAGUCGUUUGAGAACACUGACUUCGUUGCCCUACCGGAUGUGGGAUCUUCCAGGACCAGGAAUCAAACCCCUGUCCUGUGCAUUGAUCACCUUCAAGAAACUUGUGGACAUUUCUCCUUGCAUCUUCUGGGGCCGUGGUCUCUUUUCAGCCAGGUCCUGGGUCUGGUGCGCUUGGCCAGACCCAUCACCACUGUGGUGGGCCGCCCCAUCCCGGUGCCCCAGUGCCGGCAGCCCACCGAGGUGCAGGUGGACCACUAUCACGUGUUCUACAUGAAGGCUCUGGAGCAACUGUUCGAGGAGCGCAAGGAGAGCUGUGGCCGCCCGGCUUAUACUCGCCGCACCUCCAUCCAGCCCUGGCCUCACCCCUCCCCGCCUCCCGGCCCCCCCAGCCCCUGAUCCCAGGGCCUGAGCCCCCCACCGGCUGCCUGCUACUGUGCCAGGAAGAGUCAGUUCUCUCACCUCUACUUCGUAGAGUGUCUCUGGGAGGGAGCCUGCCCACGUGGGUUCCAUCUCCACCUGAUCGAGACAGACUUGCUGCCUUAGACUGAUAGCAGGGCCCUGAAUUCUCCUCCCAGAGACUGAAUUCUGCUCUAUCAGCUUCCGUCUAAGUCUCUUCCCUUGGCUAAGGCCUUUCUCCCUCUAAAUAAAGGCAUAUGCUUAGUUAAGAGAUAUAGGGCAUCAGAAUGGUGGUGGGGAGGGUAGAUCCCUGAAGAACUAUUCUCUGAAG